AUGGCAGACAGCGGCAAGAUGUUGGAGGCUGCUCCUCACUCCCGGGUCGUGCCCGUUCAGACGCCCGCGCAGUCAAAGCCGAAGCAGCUGCAUUACCCGUUUUGGUUUGGGGGUUCGGCCUCAUGCUUCGCGGCGUCCGUGACGCACCCGUUAGAUUUAGUUAAGGUAAUUGGACGCUCCAAGCCGUUCGAGACAAUGGCCCAUGCCCGCGAUUCCGAACCCCGGCGCUGA